CUUUACCUGCUAGUUAAGAAAAAUAGUGACCAGGUCAUUGGUUUCCAUCUAUAAAUAGGUCUGUCUGUCAUGCAAAGUUUCUCACUCUUCACAGAAGAAAUAUUAAACAACCAGCUAACUUUGGAGUAAACAUUGCUAUUUUGCUGGUAUAUCAUAAUGAAAGGAAGUAACUCUUUCCUUGUUGCUUUUGCCCUCUUGGGCUUUGCUUGCUCAUUAGCCUCAGCCUUUGACCCUGAUCCUCUCCAGGACUUUUGUGUGGCUCUCAAGGACACCGAAAAUGGUGUGUUUGUAAAUGGGAAGUUCUGUAAGGACCCAAAGCUCGCAGAAGCAGAUGAUUUCUUCUUUUCAGGCCUCAGCAAGCCAGGAAACACAUCAAAUCUAGUUGGAUCAAAUGUCACCACUGUCAAUGUUGACCAAAUACCAGGACUUAACACUCUUGGCAUAUCUUUGGCAAGACUUGACUUUGCACCUUAUGGUGGCCUUAACCCUCCUCACAUUCACCCUCGAGGAACUGAGAUCCUAGUUGUUGUGGAGGGCACACUUUAUGUUGGCUUUGUUACAUCCAACCCAGAUAACCGUCUCUUCACUAAAAUCCUUAAUCCUGGAGAUGUUUUUGUUUUCCCAAUUGGGUUGAUUCACUUCCAGUUCAAUAUAGGGCAAACUAAGGCAGUUGCCUUUGCUGGUCUCGGCAGCCAAAAUGCUGGGGUUAUCACUAUUGCUAAUGCAGUCUUUGGCUCAAACCCACCAAUCAAUCCGGAUGUUCUCACAAAGGCCUUCCAGUUGGACAAGAAUGUGGUUACCUAUCUUCAGUCCCGGUUCUAGUCAGAUUAACAAGUUACUUAAGAGCCAAAAUAAAACCCCAUAAGUUUGUUGUUUGUUUUAAAUAAUGUUUCCAUACAUUUUCCUCAUUAAAGUCAUACUAUUAUUCUUAGUAUCAUGCAAUAAACAGGUUGGUUGAUAAUGUACCUCCCCAGAGUCCAGUCUCCUCUCUCCUUGUGAUCAUUCUGUGUGUGGAAAUUGGAAUAUAUAGUGCAAUUUUCACUCUCUCUCCUGCUCUUGUGCGAACAUGUAUGCUUAUAUGUGUAUGCCAGGUCCAAAGCAGGACAUAAUUCUCACUCAAAUGUGCAGAAAUUGUACACAACUGCUUCAUUUAUGUUGCUUUUAGAAAACAGAUCAAGUAACUUUCAAGCAUUAAACCUUUUGUUCAUUUGCAAGUCUCAACACAUAUAACAAAAAUAAGAGGUUAAUUAUCAAAUGGUGUCUAAGGUAAGCAAUGAAUAGUGACAAACAAUGUCCAAGAGGUGGAGAUUUGGACAACUUGAUUGUUUAUGAUUGUAAUCUCACAAAUCAGUUUAUUACAGCAUAAAAAGACUUGAGAUGAAUUUGCUGAUUUUUGGGGUUAGGUCAAUUUCAUAUUCAAUACUCCAGACACUGCCUUCCCCUGCAAGAUACACACAAAAGCUACAAUGAUAAUUCUGAAGGUGGAAUUCUGUUAAAUAAGUUUGCAUGGCUUUGAUUGAAUUUAAUCAUGUCCAAUAUAAAUAGCCCUCACAUUAUAAUGUAAGUUGGAAGACAUGUAAAAAAGGGUUGUUGAGGAGCAGAACUUUCUCUCAGUUGCUUAUAGAUGGAAUUAGAUAUUGAACAGCGUUGUAUAAGACUACACCAAAUCUGUCACUGUCUUGAUAUAUUAAGUGCAAAUGUA